AUGAGGGACGGAAAGCCCAUGGCGCGAUCUGGCCAAUAUGCAGAUCCCAGCGAUCUGGCUUCAAUUACUCUUUUUCGGAGUACCUUGGACAAAAGAAGACAAAAUACCAAGGAAGAUCUGUUAAACGAUACAUCUUCACUGGACUGUUAUGAGGAUAGCAAAUCAAUUAUACCCCAACCGCACAGUCAUCACCUCUACCUCACUCCCAUCUCAUCCAUCCCUUCUCCCGUCACCCCUACCCCUACUCCCGUCACCCCCACCCCUACUCCCGUCACCCCCACCCCUACUCCCGUCACCCACACCCCUACUCCCGUCACCCCCACCCCUACUCCCGUCACCCCUACCCCUACUCCCGUCACCCCUACCCCUACUCCCAUCACCCCCACCCACUCCCGUCUCCUCCAUCCCUACUCCCGUCACCCCUACCCCUACUCCCGUCACCCACACCCCUACUUCCGUCACCCACACCCCUACUUCCGUCACCCCCACCCUACUCCCGUCACCCCUACCCCUACUCCCAUCACCCCCACCCCUACUUCCAUCACCCCUACCCCUACUUCCAUCACCCCACCCACCCUAUCACCCCACCCUACUCUCCAGCCAACUACCAGUAUUCUUGAAGCAACUACCACUACUGAUACAGCAACAACCACUACUGAUGCAGCAACUACCAGUACUCUUGCAGCAACUACCGCUACUAAUGCAGCAACUACCACUACUGAUGCAGCAACUACCAGUACUCUUGCAGCAACUACCACUACUGAUGCAGCAACUACCAGUACACUUGCAGCAACUACCACUACUGUUGCAGCAACUACCACAACUACCAGUACUCUUCCAGCAACUACCACUACUGAUGCAGCAACCACCACUAAUGAUGCUCCAACCACAACUACACUUGCAGCAACUACCACAACUGAUGCAGCAACUACCACUACUGACGCAGCCACCACCACUACUGAUGCUGUAACUGCCACUACUGAUGCUGUAACCACCACUACUGAUGCUCCAACCACAACUACACUUGCAGCAACUACCACUACUGCUGCAGCAGCAACUACCAGUACUCUUGCAGCAACUACCACUACUGAUGCAGCAACCACCACUACUGAUGCUCCAACCACCACUACAUUUGCAGCAACUACCACCACUGAUGUAGCAACUACCAGUACUUUUGCAGCAACUACCACUACUGAUGCAGCAACCAGCACUACUGAUGCUCCAACCACCGCUACACUUACAGCAACUACCACUACUGAUGCAGCAACUACCAGUACUCUUGCAGCAACUACCACUACUGAUGCAGCAACUACCAGUACUCUUGCAGCAACUACCACUACUCUUGCAUCAGCUACCACUGCUGAUGCAGCAACUACCAUUACUCUUGCAGCAACUACCACUACUAAUGCAGCAACUAACACCACUGAUGCUGCAACUACUGUUGCUGUCACUUCCACUACUGAUGCAGCUACUACCACUACUGUUACAUCUAGAGCUGUCAUAAUAAUCACGUUUGUGUUUAGAGGACCUUUUACAACAGACGACUGUGAUAAUGGUAAUCUGAGUGUACGCAUAGAGGCUGCGCGAAGAGUUUUGCACACUUUCAUAUCUGCGAAGUUAUGUACGAAAAUUGGAAUGAAAGACUUUACGAUGUAUCAUGAGGUCGCCUAA